AUCGUCAUCCCAGUUUCGUAUCCUUGAAUUUUUAGCACAUCAGCAAUGACAAGUCUUUCCCUGGAAAAAAUCUCGUCCAAUAAACAUCACGGGGGUGAGUUGACGAAAUACAAGUUCAAGUCUGUCGCGCUCGGAGGAACUUGGGCACAGUUCAAUCUCUUCACUCCCGCGAAUGCUGCGCAAGGAAAAGUGCCUCUCCUGGUAUAUCUCGCAGGCUUGACGUGCACCGAAGAUAAUGGAGCCCAGAAAGGAGGAUUCAUGAGAGAUGCUGCAGCAGAGGGAAUCGCUCUCCUUUUCCCAGAUACCUCUCCGCGGGGUGCUGAGGUUGAAGGAGAAGAUUCUGACUGGGACUUUGGGACAGGCGCCGGUUUUUACCUGAAUGCAACAAAUCCAAAAUACUCUACACAUUACAAUAUGCUCAACCAUGUCAUGUUUGAGCUUCCUCGAGUCAUCGGAACUGCUGGGUUCCCCAUUGACUUAAAGCGUCAAUCAGUCUUCGGACAUUCUAUGGGAGGUCACGGCGCGCUGACUUUUUAUUUAUCCUCACUUUUACACUCCAAACAAUAUCGUUCCGCCUCAGCAUUUUCUCCCAUAUGCAACCCUACAAAAUCUCCUUGGGGUGACAAAGCAUUCAAAGGUUAUCUACAGAAUGGAGUCGAGGAAGCGAUGGAUCGGUAUGACGCAACAAAGUUAAUAGCGAAAACCAAAGAACCAGUGCAUAUUUUGAUUGAUUAUGGAACCGGUGAUAAUUUUCUGGAUCAGCUUCAUCCUGCUGCCUUCCUCAAGGCUGCCAGAGACGCUGGUCACGACGAGGUGCAAGUACGAGUCAGAAGCCACGAUGGGUAUGACCAUAGCUACUACUUCAUCAUGUUCAUUGUAAGAAUUACCACUACCUCUAAAACACGUGGGAUUCUUAUGUCUUCUCCAUCAAGUCCAUGCCAACUUCCUCAAAGCUUAAUUAACAUUUCAUAAAGCUAUUGAAUUAUAUCAGUUGAUAGUAACUUUGUAUUAUGUGAGUACGCAAAGGAUAAUGGACGUCCUGCAAGGGACUAGUUUUAUCCGA